UAUUAUUUCUUUUUUUUUUUCAUUACUUUUUUUUUCUUAAAAAACAAAUACAAAUCUAAAAAAAAAAAUCAAAUCAUGGCUGUUCCUCUUGAAGAAUUCAUCACUGACUUUCAUGUGCGCUUGACAUGGAUUGCUUUCUUUACACUUUGGGUGUUAUGGGGUCUUGUUUAUACUAUUCGUUUUAUUCUUGGUGAAAACAAUAAACCAACUCCACAAGCUGAUGCUGAAGCUGGAGCUACUACGUCUGAAAAGAAAACUUGGAAUCAAGGUGGUUUUGUCGGUCGCCUUCGUAACGCGCACCAAGUAUUAUUUGAAAACACUCUUCUUUUACUUUCCGUUUUGGUGUUGAAUACUCUUGCUACUGGAUCCACUCGUGCUGUUAUGAUUUUGGCUUGGAUCUUUUUUGCUUUUACUGUGGUUCAUGCAUUCACUGAAAUUGGUGUUGAACAUCGGUUCGUCCGCCUAGCAUUUACUUUGGUCUUUUAUGGUGUCACCCUAGCUAUUGGUGGUCUAGCCUUUGCUCAAGGUUUCUAAAAGAAAAAGAGAGGUGCUUAUUCUACUUAAUAAUGAUGAUCUAGAAGGUGAUGAUCUUCAUCAAUUUUUUUAUUACCUUUUUAUCCUUACUUAUAUAUCAUGAUUACUCUUUAUUUUACUUGUAUCUUUCUAUAGUUUUUAUUUUUCCAUGUCAUCUGUCUUUUUUGAUGAUGAUUUUAUUUACUUUACCUCUUAUUCUUUGUUUCAUUGCUUAAUUUUAUAAUAGUAAUAAUAAUAAAAAUAAAAAAAAAAAUAAUCAACCCUUCCUAUCCUGACUAAUGGAAAAAAAAAAACUAACUUCAAAGUACAUUACAAUAACAUAUCAUUUGGUUGUACUAUAUUGAUAUCAUGCCCCAAGUGACUAAAUGUGCGCGCGGCAUAUUUUAUGCAUACAUCUCUUUAAAACUUUCAAUUAGUCAAAAAUAGUCGUUUUAUUAUUUAAUAAGGAUGGAUGAUGAUGAUGAAUCAAUGAUAUGUGAUGAUGAAUCAAU